GCUUAAGGCCUUCGUGGGUACCGGAAUCAUGUUCUUGCCAAAAGCCUUCAGGAAUGGCGGGAUUCUGUUCUCCUCAUGUGUCCUCAUUGGGACUUCCAUCAUAACGACUCUCUGCUUCCGCCUCCUCCUGCAAUGCCGACAAAAGUAUGGCGGAGGUGGGUACGGUGAGCUGGGCUCUUCAAUUUUUGGCCACAAGUUCCGAGGACUCAUCUUGGGAUCCAUCACCCUCUCCCAACUGGGCUUCGUCUGUGCAGGUCUAAUCUUCACCGCGGAGAAUUUGCUUUCAUUCCUCAAUGCCGUCGUCCCCAUCGAGAAGCCACAGCCUUUCAGGACUGACUCGCUCAUUGCUAUACAGUUCGUCCUCUUGUUGCCGCUGGCACUCAUCCGCAACAUCGGAAAGCUUGGCCCCGCAGCCAUUUUGGCCGACGUCUUCAUCCUCAUCGGCCUGGUCUACAUCUGGUGGUACGAUAUCAGCUCUCUCGGCUCAUAUGGAGCAGCACCCACCAUGAAGCUCUUUAACCCUUCGGCCUUCACGCUCACAAUAGGCUCAGCUAUCUUCACAUUUGAGGGCAUUGGUCUCAUCUUACCCAUCCAGUCGUCAAUGAAGGAGCCGGAGAAGUUCCCUUAUCUGCUUUACGCAAUCAUGUUUAUCAUCACAUGCAUCUUCACGUCGGUAGGCGCCUUGUGCUAUGCUACUUUCGGUGACGAGACAAAGAUUCAGAUCAUAUCAAAUUUCCCGCAGGAUAGCAAGCUGGUCAACGCAGUGCAGUUCCUCUACUCAAUGGCGGUCCUGGUUGGUGAGCCGGUUCAACUCUUUCCUGCUGUUCGUAUCAUCGAGCAAUCUUUGUUCGGUGAUAAAGCCAGCGGUAAGAAGAGCAAGAGUGUCAAGUGGCAGAAGAAUGGAGUUCGAGUCGCAGCUAUGAUCUUCUGCGGCGUUGUUGCCAUUGUCGGCGCAUCCGACCUGGACAAGUUCGUGGCGCUGAUCGGAGCCUUUGCUUGUGUGCCAUUGGUCUACAUUUAUCCACCGCUUCUACAUUACAAAGGAAUGGCGGAAACGAAGGGAGAGAAAAUAUACGAUAUUGCGUUGAUGACUUUGGGUGUUGUCGCCAUGAUAUACACGACUGGACAAACUCUCAAUCAAUGGAUUUCGGGAACAUUAUGAGUGGUGGCGAGGAAGCAUUUUUGAACAGCAUUGGUGUGCGAAAGUUAAGAAAGCAUUGUAAAAAGGUAGAUCAUUACAGCAGUUACGAAUUUCCAAUGCGAAACGAAAGACAUUAAUAGGUA